ACUCGUGGCAAAAGUGGCUUGUGGGUGGCGACAGGAGGAUCUGCGCGCGCCAGCUAGUGGCGCGGCGCGUGGAGAUGGGAGUGCUCCGCGCAGCUGGAGAGGCACCCCGUGUUGGCUCCGGGCUGUGGGCACAGGUGUCAGUCCCGCUGGCGGAGCUCCUGACUGGGGAGGGCGGGAUGCUCCAGAGCCAAGCUGAGCCGCACUCAGUGCGCCCGCUUAAGGCACGCGGCCCCCUAUCCAAGUAGCUCCUCCAACUUCCGUGGAGGACACUAUCCCUCCCCACGCAGCGCCCGCGGAAGACAGAGACGAGGUGUGCACCAAAGCUAUAGGGGGGAUGUGGGGAGUCGAGGUUUUAGGGAGCUGCUCCCACGCCGGGGACUGGAGCUUCUCCCACGCCGCCCCCGAGGGCUGGACCAGCUUCCGUGGUCGCUGAGUGGGGAACUGGGGCUCCACUAGGGGAGGCGGGAGCCCCAGGAAGAGAAAGAAGCCCGGUGUGAAAAGGGACUGGAUGAAGCUUUGCGCAACCGAAUGGGUGUCUGAUCCCAUCUGGAAUGAAGGGAGAUGCAGUGAAUGAUUCCUCUCCAGGACCCCGAGAAGUGCUUCAGCAGAUGGUACGUGAACAGUACACUACAACAACACAAGGCACAAGCCUAGAGAGACCAGAGAACCAGUAUGUCUACAAAAUUGGCAUUUAUGGCUGGAGGAAGCGCUGCCUCUACCUGUUUGUCCUCCUUCUGCUUAUCAUCCUAGUUGUGAAUUUUGCCCUGACAAUUUGGAUUCUUAAAGUCAUGUGGUUUUCUCCAACUGGAAUGGGACACCUGCGUGUUACAAAAGAUGGUCUUCGUCUAGAAGGGGAGUCUGAAUUUUUAUUCCCUCUGUAUGCCAAAGAAAUUCACUCCAGACUGGAUUCAUCUCUACUUCUACAGUCUACACAAAAUGUUACUGUCAAUGCUCGAAACUCUGAAGGAGAAGUCACAGGCAGAUUAAAAGUUGGUCCCAAAAUGGUUGAAGUCCACAGUCAGCAAUUUCAGAUCAACUCCAAAGAUGGCCGCCCUCUAUUUACAGUCGAUGAAAAAGAAGUUGUGGUUGGGACAGAUAAACUUCGAGUAACAGGACCUGAAGGUGCUCUUUUCGAGCACUCAGUAGAAACACCACUUGUGAGAGCAGAUCCAUUUCAAGACCUCAGACUGGAAUCCCCCACGAGGAGCCUAAGUAUGGAUGCACCAAGAGGAGUCCAUAUUAAAGCAAAUUCUGGGAAGAUUGAAGCUCUCUCUCAGAUGGACAUCAAAUUACACAGUAGUGAUGGGAUGCUUGUGUUGGAUGCUGCCACCGUGUGUCUGCCUAAAUUGGUACAGGGGACUCAGGGCCACACCAGCAGCUCUCAGAGACUCUAUGAAAUCUGUGUAUGCCCAGAUGGCAAGCUUUACUUGUCAGCGGCUGGCGUGGGUUCCACUUGCCAAGAAAACAGUAGCGUCUGUCAGAAAAGCACCUGAACAUGCCAUUGAAUUGUCGGAGCACACCUCAGUGAACUUGAAUUCUCAAUAAAUAAUUAUUCUGAAUUAUGAGGCUUCAGAGCUGAAAUGGUAUAUCCUGCCUCUGGAAUUCGAUGAAGGAAAUACAUGCAAACACACACACACACACACACACACACACACACACACACACACACACACACACAUACACACGCACAGACGUGAAAAAUUUUACUGAACUCAGAAAAACUGCCAGUGAACAUGUUUGAAUGAAACUCUGUGUUCUGGAAGUGGUGUCAAACUUGAGCCAUAGGAUGCAUUUAAGGAAAAUCAAAAGAAUUUGUGUGCAACAUGGAGCUGUUUAAUUGCCAUCAGAAUGAUGAGUGAAGUGUCUCUAUUUCUUUAUUUUCACCUCUCUCAAUACAUGUAAAUACAUAAUGAAA